CUCCACAUUUUACCCUCAAAACCCUUCUCUUCCUUUUUGCUUUUUUCCUUUGACUUUACUUCCACAACUUCAUUCUUUCAAAAAGCUGAAGAAUAACAAUAAUUAAUCAUUGUGAUGUUACAUUAUUAUCAUUACACCUUGAUUUUAGUCUUUCUUUUUCUUCACCACUAUGUGUUUGGUUGACUCCAUAAAUUUAUAAUUCGCUCACUCUAAUAUUUAGAAACUUUAAUGAGUAGAUUAUUUUCUGACUAUAAUUUUUUAUGUUUUUCAAACAAGUGUUUUUAAGUCAAUUUUUUCCACCCUUUCAAGUAUUUCUAAUUCCAUUUCCCUAAUCUUGUUUGUUUAAUUAGGUAAAAUCUUAUUAUUACACACAUAAACCAAUAUUGUUGAACUAGUUUUGAUGGAAACCAAUGGACCAAGCAGUGGAAUAUUUCCCACCAUCAAUAAUGGAUUUCUAGGACUAGAAAACCCUUUAAAACAACAACAACAACAACAACAAAACCUUCAAAAUCAACACACUUUACAUCAUCACCAAAUGGUUUCAUACACCAACCAUCAUGACAAUGAUCAACCAAUCAAACAGAACUACCCUUAUUCAUCCAAAACCAACAAGCCACAACAAAUCACACUAAGUGAUGAAGAUGAACCAUGUUUUGGAGCAGAAGAAACAACAUCAAGUGACCCAAAAAGAAAAGGGUCACCAUGGCAUAGAAUGAAAUGGACAGAUAGCAUGGUAAGACUCUUAAUCAUGGCAGUUUAUUACAUUGGUGAUGAAGCAGGUGGUUCAGAAGGAAUCAUCAUCAAUGACAAAAAGAAAUCUACAACUGGUUUGUUACAAAAGAAAGGUAAAUGGAAAUCAGUUUCUAAAGGGAUGAUGGAAAAAGGUUACUAUGUUUCACCUCAACAAUGUGAAGACAAGUUCAAUGAUUUGAACAAAAGGUUCAAAAGGGUCAAUGAUAUACUUGGAAAAGGAACAGCUUGUAGAGUUGUUGAGAAUCAAAGUUUGUUGGAUACCAUGGAUUUGACACCAAAGAUGAAAGAAGAAGCUAGAAAACUUUUGAACUCAAAGCACCUUUUUUUUAGAGAAAUGUGUGCUUAUCAUAAUAGUUGUGGUCAUGGAAGUAACAAUUUGCAACAACAAUCCUCAAUUGAAGCUCAACCACAACCUCAACAACAUCAUCAACAACAACAAAAGUGUUUGCAUUCAUCAAAUGGAAUGUUGAAAUUAAAACGGAGAAGUGGAGAAGAAGAAGAAGAAGAAGACGAAGAUGAUGAAUGGGAAGAGGAGAAUGAUUCUGAAGAAGAAGAAGAAGAAGAAGAUGAAUUAUCAUUUGAAGGUGGUUCUGGCUCAAAGGGUCAUCAUGAUCAAGAAGAUGAGAAUAAUAAUAAUAUAGAUCAUAUAAGAAAGAAAACAAGAAAAGUUUCAUCACAUUUGAUGCAACAAUUGAGUAGUGAAGUGAUGAAUGUGUUGCAAGAUGGAGUGAAGAGUAACUGGGAGAAAAAGCAAUGGAUGAAGAAAAGGGAGGUGCAAUUAGCAGAACAACAAAUAAACUAUCAUGUGGAAGCAUUUGAGAUUGAAAAACAAAGGUUGAAAUGGGCAAAGUUUAGUGGUAACAAAGAAAGGGAAAUAGAGAGACAUAAACUUGAAAAUGAAGGGAAGAGGUUGGAAAUUGAUAGAAUGGUUUUGGUUCUUAGACAAAAGGAGAUUGAAUUGCAAAACACUCAACAGCAACAGCAACAACAUUCUUCUACUUAGAUUAGAAGAAAUUUAGUUUGUGUAAAUUUUGUGCUGCAUGAAAUUAUUAAGGGAUGUGUGUUAGUGAAAAUGGUUGUAAAUUUUCUGGUGUUAUGUUAUGCUCCUAAGUAAAAAAGGUUGUAAUAAAUUAGAGUUUUUAUUUAUUUUGUGUUUUGAUAAAUAUCUAUAUGCAACCUACAUUGUUCAAAAUUUAAUUUUGUGAAACUAAUUUUAGCCGGA